AUGAGGACUCCAUCACCCGCACCAAGUCAUGCCGAACAGCAGCAACGCAAGAAGAAGAUGCUCCUGUCCAGCCGUGCCAGUCCCCCGAAACCCCUGCGGGUUGGUCCUCCAGGCCAAUAUCUCUCCAUCAGACAUUUCCUCCCUUCCACCCCGAUCCCUUCGCCGUCUCUGCCGUCCAUCCUCCCCCGGCACGGCAAGAAACCGCCCAAGCUCAACUCACGCAAGAUCGUCCGCAGCCUCUUCUGUCUUGCCUUGAUUAUUGGGGUCUACUAUCUCUUCUCUUUCGGCCGAAGGAAGUCCCACCAGCUCGCCAGGCUGACCUUUCUGACCUCGCUGGGCAAGGUCUAUGAAAUCGUUGAAGCCUCGGAGCUGCCCGACUAUCCAACCCCGCUGGCACUGACUGAUGCAAAGGGGAAGCACCACUGGACAAUAUCCAUCCCGCAAAACCUACCCUUCCCUCUGCCCUACACGGAUUAUGCCGACAUCUGCUCGCAAGUUGAUGAGGUAGCCCAGCACGUCGCCGGCCCACGCCAGAAAUCGCAGGCAAACGACUACUACCGGGAUGAUCCCAACUUCAUCGACGUUCAAGAGGCGCAGGAACAGCAUUUCCUCCCCGCUGAAGGCCACCCGCCACCUCACAAGAACGAAAACAGUCUUCCCGUCUGCGAGAAGUCUCUGACAUACGUCCUCGAUGCCGCCGAUGCAGGCCUCGGGUCGACCCUUCUAGGCUUGUGGCUAUCGUACGGGCUCGCUCGCCGCGAAGGUCGCGCCUUCUUCAUCGACGACACCCAUUUCCCCUACGGCAAGUACAGCACGUUCUUCGCCUCGAAGCCCUCCCCAUCUUGCCGCUUACCGAGCCCUUCGCAGCGGGUGCCAUGUCCACACCAGGCAAAGCAUCUAGUUGUGUCCGCUGCCACGACAAGCUGGAUUUUUGGGCAGUCUUUCCACGAUCACUUUUCUCAAAGGGAGAUCUUUGACAUGGCAAGGGAUGGGUAUGAGGCCCUCUUUGAACUUCGGCCGCAAGAUGAACAAUACAUUCUCAACCGCAUCGAAAAAAUCCGAAAGGAUGUCGAUCCGACCACCGUCGCCGCGUCGGACCUAGAAGAGUAUGACGAGAUAUAUGAUAUACCACCGGAGAACGGUCUGGUGGGGAUUCACAUUCGGCGCGGCGAUCGGCACCCUUUCAGCCUCGCGUACUCGCAAAAUUAUCUUCCCCCAGAAAUGUACAUGGCUACCGCUAUGAAGCUCGUGGGUCAAUCUUCCCAGUGGAAAUUCCUGGUGGCCUCGGACGACGCAGAUAUGUACGACCACAUCGACCUGCCCAACACCUUGAGGGCACAGGAACGGAUUUCCCUCGCCUCGAAGAAGAAGUUGGCCAGCAUGGGCCAAGGCGGUGGCUUAGGUUGGGAAGGCGGGUUUUUCAAAGAUGUCUUCUGGGGCUUGGGCUUGCCAGAGGACGUGAAGGAGCGGAAAAAAUGGGGUAGCCCCAUGCCCAUGAAGGCCAAGCACAGGUUUGGCGAGAAAGACGACGACGGCAGGGAGAAGCGAGUCCAUCAUCACGACGCCAAGCAUUCGAGCGGGCCACGGAGAGAUGGAGCUGAUGAUGUGGUCAAUGCCGGUACGCUGGUAGAGCGUGAUUAUCGGACACAUCCGACCACAGAAGCCCUUCAGCUGAGGGAACUCCUCGGCCGAGCAUACUUGUUGGACUUGGCCGUAUUGGCCCAAAGUGACAAGGUGGUUUGUGGUGUGUCGGCCAACGCGUGUCGGAUCUUGGCUGUCAUGCUGGGAUGGGAAAGAAGUUUUGAAAGGAAAGACUGGCACAAUGUGGACGGUAGUUAUCAGUGGCGGGUCCUGGACUAUUGA